AUGAUGCAGCCCAGCGGAAGCAAAGGUCACUGGGACCCCUAUAUCCUAAGUCGCCUCCUUAGUUCUUCGACUGCCCCUGACUCCAUGAUCGAGCUUCGUACCUCUUGCGGUUUCAAGACUUUGGUCCACAAAUCGCUACUCUGCCAUUACUCGACCUACUACAAUGUUGCCAUCGACGGAAGUUUCCAGGAAGCGAGUAAAACCUCCUUCGAACUCGAGCUCAAUGAGGAGCAAGCCAAAUGGCUCGUAAGCUGGCUCUACAGUGGGUCUCUGGAAGAUCAUCUAUCUCAUCCCGACACGGAACAGCUCUUUUGCCUAUACAUCUUCGCAGACAAGACAGACAUCUUGGCUCUGAGACGUCGUGUAAUGACCAAGCUCGUCAAGGAAAAGAAGGCUCGGAUUUCCUACCCAUGCUUCACCAUCGGCGGAGUCCGCGAAUACCCUUCCAACCUCGAACCACCCUCCAACCAAUCAACCCAAACAUCUUCUUGA